AUGACAAUUAAACAUGAGUCGAUUAAGACGCCGGUGCACAUUGUCAAAGACGCUGCCUCCGGCCAGGGCGUGCUCAAAGAUGGUUCAAGCAAGAUCGUCGGACGUUCAGCCCACUCCCGCCAGCCGUUCCUGUGCCCGACAUGUGCCCGCAACCAACUAUAUCCCCUCCGCCUCGAGAAUGCCAAGAUUAUUUUGGAGAAAGAGCGCCUUGGACGUGAGAUAGAGGCUUCAGUCUCUAUAGAGAGCGCGUCCCCAUCAAGCUCAGUACCCGAGCAAGCUCACCUACGGCAGACUGGAAAGUCGCCGGCUUGGACAUUACAAACGGUGUCCGGUCUCCAGGCAUCUUCGUCCGCCAGAAAGGACGAUCUCAGGCGGCAGAUUGAAGUCUUGAAACAAGAGAUCAAUACUAAGAGGAGAGACAUCUCGGAGCGUCGAGCGGUCUUAUCCCGGAGACGUUCCGACGCUGAAUCGGCGCAAUACGAACUGGCAGAGCGGGAGGCUUCCGUCUUGACUGGCCUUCAGAACACGAUCAAGAGGACGGAGCACCUGUGGCAUACUCUUCACAGCAAGACUGCAGAGGCACGUAUAUAUCUCUGUCGCGAAGCAGCCCACUUGUACGGUCUGAGACAGCGGACCUCGAGGAAGAGUGACGGCCAACACAACUACAUGCUUGGAGGUCUGGGUGUUAUUGACCUGAAAGACAUGAAUGGAGCGAAUCCUGCGCAACUAUCCACCUCUCUCUCCAACGUUGCCCGUCUUCUGGUUCUUGUCUCUCACUACCUCUCUUUGAGACUUCCCGCGGAGAUUACUCUUCCUCAUCGCAAUCACCCUACUACUACCAUCUACACUCUUGCCGCCUCGUAUUCUUCUCGAAAUCUCUCUGAGGGGUUUGCAAAUGCCAACUUCGCCUCAUACAGCCCCGCGGGAUCCAGAACCGAGCUCCGUACUCACUCUCGUCCUAGACCCCUUUUCAUUGACACGCCUCUUCCUCGACUGGCCAAGGAAGAUCCUGGCGCGUAUGCUUUGUUCUUAGAAGGGGUCUCACUCCUCGCUUGGGAUGCUGCCUGGCUGUGCAGGACCCAAGGAAUCAACCUCAAUCUCGACUCAUGGGAGGAUAUCUGCAAUAUUGGGAAGGGAAUGUGGCAGCUGCUUGUCGCCCCGCCCGCGCAAGCAUCCACUUUGAUGCGAGCCUUUGCUGGCCGAGAUACGCAAAAAAUGAAGCUCAAUAAAGACUCACCGCAAACGACAAUUCAACGCCACAAAUCCUUUCCUAUGCUCGGCCAUUAUUCUCAUGGUACGGCUCACUCGUUCCUCGCGGCAUCCGAGGGAGUGGACUUCAUGCGGACGUGGAAGCUGCCCACGCCGACUAAGAUUGCGGACAAGCUGAAGGCUACGCUGCUGGGGGAAAUGGCGAGCGCUGAAUGGGAGAUGUUAGAUGAGAAGGAGUGGUUCGAGGGACCUGUGGACGACAACAAACAAAAGCAACUUGACUCGCAAGAUUUAACCAGCCAUCCUUCCACCUCUACUGCCACACCUAGCGAGAGCGAUGCAGCAAAUCCCCCGGCCUCUACGCCGACGACAGAGGAGCCUCGCCGACCGAAGGGAACAAGUGGCUGGACAAAACUGAACAAUCGAUGA